AUGGCGUACCUCGGAACCACGUCAGCGGGGCUCGAAUUCGCGCUACGAGAUGAGCUGGCUGCCAGGCUGGCGGGGAGGGUGUCUGACGUCAGCACGGUGCAUGGCGGGGUGAGGUUCACCACUGAGGCUGCUCCUGAGGAUCUGCAGCAGCUGAGGGCGGUGGACAACCUGUACGCGUUUGUAGCUUCAAGAGAGGACGUGCCACAUGGCAAGGAGGCCAUUGACUACUUCACAGCACUGCCAGCCCAGAUAGACUGGCAGCCAGCCCUCUCGCUCUUCCACCAAUGGCAGCAGUGCAGGGAGGAUGGGAUGACGUCAGCAGCAGGCGAAAACAGACAGGAGCUGACGUCAUUAGUGGAGGUGCCUGAAAAAUCACCUGAGAGGAAGAGGCUGAGGCAGGAAGGGGAGAGUGCGGAGGUGGUAACACCUGGGGCAACAGACACUGCUGAUGUGACACCACCUGAAGGAGCACCUGGGGGAACACCUGAAGGAGCACCUGAGGGAACGCAUGCGGGAGGCAAGGCAGCGGCGGCGACGGCGGCGGUGGCAGAAGCAGCAGCAACAGGAAAGGCAGCAGAGAGGCAGGGAUCCGGUGGGCUGCAGUUUCGGGUGACCUGUCACCGAAUAUGCAUGAAGCUGACUAAACACGGGUUCUCCUCCCCUGAAGCUGCUGGCGCCCUCGGCGAGGGCCUUCAGGGGAUGUUCCCGUCCUGGACCGUCAGCCUUCGCCAGUUUGACUUGGAGGUGCUAGCAUGGAUCCGGGACUCCCAUCUAACGCUACUCAUCGCACUCAUCUAUGCUGAUUCCCCGAAGUCAAGUGAGGAGGGAUCGAAGGAGCAACAGAAAGGGCAACCCAAGGAGCAACAAACAGAGCAAUUAAAAGAGAAUCAGACGGAACAAACCAGCAAGGAUGUGGACACGGGUGGCGGCGGUGGGGAGGGCAAGAAGAAGGCGGGGGAGAAAGCAGCGAGGGCAGUUCAAGCGAGAUCACACAACUCGGAGAGACAGCUCUACUCCUCCCGCACCUACCGCAAGGCCCUCGUGCAGACGUCCCUCAAGCCCAGCAUGGCAUUCGCCCUCCUGCAACUGGCAGACAUCCACCCCGGUCACAUCGUGCUCGACCCCAUGUGUGGCUGUGGGACUUUACCUUUGGAGGCUGCUGAUUGGCUGCAGAGCCGAGUCAGUGCAUUCGGAGGGGAUAAAGACACUGGAGCCGUUGAUGCUGCUGCAACCAAUAGCAUAGCAUUGAGAACCGCAACAGCCAAUAGCAGUACCUUGGGAAUGGCUAUAGCGAAUGGGGAUGCAGCAAGGAGGAGCCAAGGGGGACACGUGACAGGCUGUGAUUGGCUGGUCUGGGACGCCUCUGCCCUGCCUCUGCGGACUGGCUGUGUGGAUAGGGUCCUCUGUGACAUGCCCUUUGGGGUCAGAUGUGGAAACUUCAAGAUGAGGGAGAGGCUGUGCCCUGCAGUGAUCCGGCAGGUGGCACGUGUGCUGACCCCAGGCACUGGAGUGGCAGUGCUGAUGGCGGUGGGCAGGGGCGUCAGGGCAGCUGUUGAAGGACUUGCUGUGUGCCUGCGGGAGAAGCAGCGACUGCCUGUGGAGAUGGAGGGCAUUCGAGUCGAUGUGUAUUUGCUGGAGAGAACUCGUGCUCCCAUUCCGGAACCACCGCCACCAGCAGCACGACUUGCCAGGAAUAAACAGUGA